AUGGGUUCAGGGAAUAUCCUUUUGAUAGCAUGUAGCGUGAUAUAUCUACUAAAUGGGGGAAGAUGGUCUAUCACGUUAGGUGCGUUUGUCUUGUCGUAUUUGUACAAGUUGGAGCAAAAAGCAUCAUUUAACAAGGUUGUAGCAGUACAAGAUCAAGCUAAAGUCAAAGUUUUUCCUAAGAAAUCUCCAAUCUAUGAAGUCGACUUUACAUCGUCUACAUUUACGGCACCCCCGCCUACACAGUUUCCCAAACAAGUUCGUACGCGAGCCAAAAGAUCGCCAAAAAUCAUCAAGGCAAAUAAGCCCGUUUCAUCAAAUAAGUCGAUUUUAACCAAACCAAAACAAGUUGAUUUAAAAGAAGCUCAAAUUUAUAUAUUCUAUACAACCUUGACUGGAACAUCACUAAGGAUAGCCAAGAAAUUGCAUGAAAAAUUGCUAUUGUUAGACUUGAAGCUUACGCCGAAAUUACUAAGUCUCGAUGAUGAUGUCGAUGAUCUUGAAAAGUAUUUCUUAAAAACACCAAAUGACAAUAUUGGUACAAGAAACAUAUACCUUUUGAUACUACCUUCUUAUGAUACAGAUUCGCCCAUAGAUUAUUUCUUGGAACAUUUAAUAGAUACAUAUCAAGAUUUCCGAGUUGAUAAGUACCCACUUUGUUCAUUGCUUGGAUUUGCUGUUCUUGGGCUAGGAGAUAGUGAAAGUUGGGGUGGCGACAAAUUUUGUCAGCAGGCGAAGCUAGCAGAUAAAUGGUUGGGGAAACUAGGUGGCAGAAGACUAUACCCAAUGGGCACUGUUUGUACAAAAUAUGAAGGAGAACCAAAAGCUCAAGAAUGGAUCCAAAACCUUGCACAGUUAUUAGUUGAUGAAAGUGAACCAUUUUACAUAGAUGAGAAUGGUGUUGCUGCUGCUGCUGAAAAUGACGAUGAUAGUGAUAGUGAUAAUGAGGUAAAUAGCGACGAUGCAGACACUUUGGUCGAUGUCGAAGAUAUGGGUAGUAUUAUGCGUAAAAGUGGUCAGAGAUCAGCUCCAGCAAUGGAAGCUAAACAAAUGGUGGCCAAAGACUCGCCAACUUUUAAAUCGCUAACGAAACAAGGAUAUACAAUAGUUGGGUCCCACUCUGGUGUCAAGAUCUGUAGAUGGACCAAGGCGGCAUUACGAGGUAGAGGAUCAUGUUAUAAGUUUGCCUUUUAUGGUAUCAAAAGUCAUUUAUGUAUGGAGACAACACCCUCCUUGGCGUGUUCCAACAAGUGUGUCUUUUGCUGGAGACACGGAACUAACCCUGUUGCCAAGCUGAAUUGGAGAUGGGAAGUAGAUCCGCCCGAAAAAGUAAUGGAGGGAGCAUUGCAAGGUCAUUACCAAAAAAUCAAACAAAUGAGAGGCGUGCCCGGUAUACAAAUGGACCGUUUUCAAGAAGCUUUCCAAGUGAAACACUGUGCUUUGUCGUUAGUUGGCGAGCCUAUUUUUUACCCACAUAUCAACGAAUUUGUUACCAUGCUUCAUAAGCAACAUAUUAGCUCAUUUUUGGUGUGUAAUGCACAGCAUCCCGAUAAUUUAGCCAAACUAGCAAAAGUGACUCAAUUAUACGUGAGUAUUGAUGCACCUACCAAAACCGAUUUGAGGAAAAUUGAUCGCCCUUUGAAUAGUGAUUUUUGGGAACGAUUGAUGUCGUGUUUGGACAUUUUGAGAACUGUGCAAUCACACCAACGUACUGUAUUUAGGUUAACCUUGGUCAAAGGGUUCAACAUGUCAGAUAUCGAAAGUUAUGCCGAUAUGGUGGAACGAGCCAACCCUUCACAAAUAGAAAUCAAAGGUGCGACGUUUUGUGGAUCACUGAAUGGUAAUGGGAACCCGCUUACAAUGCAGAAUAUUCCUUUUUAUCAAGAGUGUAAAGAAUUUGUUGAGAACUUGAAUACGGAAUUAAGAAAACGUGGGUUGGGAUACGAUAUUGCGGCCGAGCAUGCGCAUUCUUGUUGUAUAUUGGUUGCUCAUGAGAAAUUCAAGAUCAACAAUCAAUGGCACACCCAUAUUGACUAUCCUCGAUUCUUUGAAUUGUUAGAAAGUGGUCGAGAUUUUGUUGAUAUUGAUUAUAUUAAGCCUACUCCAGAUUGGGCCGUUUGGGGCUCAAAGGAAGCUGGUUUCAACCCUGUGGAUACUAGAUGGGAUAGAAAAGCUGAGAAAUUGAAGAAUAAGCUCGCUAGAGAAGAAAAAAAAGUGGCUGAGUGA